UGUAAAUGAUAAAUCCCGUAAGGAUUAGGAGACAGUAAUUUAGGGGUUUAUUAGAGAAUAUAUCAAUCACUCACUUCUCUCCGCCGCCUCUAUUUCUCCCAUUUCCUUCCCUUCUAAUCAACCUAGGGUUCUCUAUUCGUCUCUUUACUCGACCAAUCUUUAGCAAUGAGUUUAGGAGCUUGCACUGACCUAUCGCAUUCUCUUGCCGCAGUAGCAUCAGUUAAACCUAAUUCUCGCAACUGUAAUUGCACACCCGGAAUCACCUACAGUUUGCGCAAUGCAACAGGAGGUCACAACGGUGUAUUAUCAAUGCCGAUGUCGAAAAAGAACGAGAACAGAGUCGUUGCUGUUAAAGCUGAAGGUCAAGGUCUUACAUAUAAGGACGCUGGUGUUGACAUUGAUGCCGGUUCUGAACUUGUUCGAAGAAUAGCUAAGAUGGCUCCUGGAAUUGGAGGUUUCGGUGGUUUGUUCCCCCUUGGUGAUUCAUAUCUUGUUGCUGGUACUGAUGGUGUGGGGACGAAGUUGAUGCUUGCUUUUGAAACUGGCAUUCAUGAUACUAUUGGGAUUGAUCUGGUUGCCAUGAGCGUCAAUGACAUUGUUACUUCCGGGGCAAAGCCUUUGUUUUUCCUUGAUUACUUUGCUACCGGCCACCUUGAUGUGGAUGUUGCUGAACAGGUCAUAAAAGGAAUUGUUGAUGGUUGCAAGCAAUCUGAUUGCGCCCUUCUAGGUGGAGAGACUGCAGAGAUGCCUGGUCUAUAUAAAGAAGGCGAGUAUGAUCUUAGCGGCUGUGCUGUUGGCAUUGUAAAGAAGGAGGAUGUAAUUAAUGGGAAGAACAUUACCGUUGGUGACAUUAUUAUUGGUCUGCCAUCCAGUGGAGUUCAUUCUAACGGCUUCUCACUUGUACGAAGAGUGCUUGCUCAAAGUGGGCUUCAAUUGAAAGAUAAACUUCCCGGUGGUGAUAUUACAAUUGCUGAAGCUUUGAUGGCUCCAACUACUAUUUAUGUUAAACAGGUGCUUGACAUAGUCAGCAAGGGAGGGGUAAAAGGAAUUGCCCACAUCACUGGUGGUGGUUUCACAGAUAACAUACCCCGAGUUUUUCCAGAAGGCCUUGGUGCUCUUAUAUAUGAAAACUCAUGGGAUAUACCUACAGUGUUCAAAUGGCUUCAGGAGGCUGGGAAGAUUGAAGAUGCUGAGAUGAUGCGAACUUUUAAUAUGGGCAUCGGGAUGGUCCUUGUAGUUAGUCCAGAGGCAGCGAAUGGAGUCCUUGCAAACCUAGUUGAGACUGGGAAAGCCUACCGUAUCGGUGAAGUUAUAAGUGGAAAUGGUGUGACCUACAGUUAGUUCAGUUUAAGUUUAAUAAUGUUGUACUAUUUAAUACUUUCAUGAAAAGUUUCACGCUGAGAUAUGAAAAAAUUUCUAAUUCAUGCUAUCUGGUCCUUGAUAGCUUUCCGUACAUAAAUGUUAGUCAUGGAACUAGCAACAAUUUUGUGGAUUCCCAGGUAGUUGAGUUGUUGGUGGAACAUUUUGGUUUUUGCUUGUAGUGAAAUACAUUUGAGUUUAAUGAUCAUAAUGUGACUGCUAACUGGUUCACGGGGACAUUAAAUUUUAUGUAAACCUAAGUUGGAGCUCUUUUUUAGUCGAUGUACUCUUAUUAAUACUUACAAAAAUGGCUACAACGUUUUCACAU